AUGACGAGCGUCCCGUCGCUUCUGGCUCUGCUUGCCAUAACCUAUGCUGCUCCUGGACCACCAAUUCAAGACGAUGGUCUCCAAUUCUAUAACAUACAAGGAGGAGAAGAACUUCCGAUCGACGAUGAUGUACCGUUAGAAUACGAGGAGGGCGAACAAGGCGAGGCCUUCAUUCUGCCGACUUCGAAGAUUCUUGGAGAAAUCUCUGGACUAACUAUGGAUCUAAAGGGACGGCUUGUCGCUUUUCACAGAGCCAACCGUGAAUGGAACCAGAACUCUUUUGACGGAAAAGGUGUGUUCAACAAGAAGCUCGGCCCAAUCAAAAACUUCACAAUCGCUGUCAUCGACACAAGUAAUGGAAAGGCGAUUCAUGAACGACGGCGUAAGAAGUCAUCAGGUGAAUCAAUAGAAAAUUCGGAGGCCAUGAUACAUCCGUUGGAUUGGAAAUCUGGAAAUUAA